AGGAACUUAAGAUGGCGAGCAUCCAACCUGCACCGGUUAACCUAAAUGCAGGAAUUCUAGAUAACUUAUCCCCGCAGCCGCAAUAACCCGUCAGUCCUCUAUCACUGGAAUCUUCUUUCACCACAGCUCGCACCGGCCCCGUCUCCUCUCCUCUGCAACCUUCAACUCUACGCCCGUCGUUCUCAGAGGCGAAAGCAUGGAGUUCCCGGACGGUGAAAUAUUGAACUUUUAGAGAAGCUCACUGGCGGUACGAGCAUUUGCAGUCUUAACAACUGCAACGGAGUAUGUUGUUUCAAGCCAGCAAUUCAAAACAGAAAUAAUGCCAGUCCAUAUUUCUUCGUUGGGAUUCCCAUCAGGGUAUAUGGUUUCUGAUUGUAAUUUCCUUUAUUACCAAGGAGCAAUAGGAAGAAGUGCAAUGUCAUUUUCACCAAACAACAGAAGACAGAAACUCUUUCUAGAAGCAAAUUUAUCAUUGAGGACAUCUGUUUCUCGUUAUCCUUCAAUUGUGUCCAUGUGUAAGGGUAGUUCAAACAAGAGAAACCCUGAUUUUUCUAGGAAGUACAGAGGAUCAUCAAAAGGCAAAAGACAGAGCCAAGAAAAAGAAAACUCUGAGAACCCGGAGGAUAAUCUGCUUUCCUCUAAAAAUGGGUCUCUCGUUUCCCAUUCCAAUAACCAAAGGUUUUCUGCCACUGCCACCCCUGGGAGAAGGGAGAAGGAGAUUGUUGAGUUAUUUAGGAAGGUGCAGUUACAACUAAGAGAGCGAGCAGCAAUUAAGGAAGAGAAGAGAGUUGAAUCUGCACAGGUCGGCCAGGGAGAUAGAGGAACUGUAGAUUCUCUUCUCAAAUUAUUGAGGAAACAUUCGACGGCACAAAGCAAGAAGAGCAGCAGCAGUGAUGAUGGCUAUGGCUAUGAUCUGGAUCAGCCUGAGAGGGCCAAUCCCUUUGAUGAAGCAGAGAGAAGUGACUUGUUUGAAGAGGAACAUAAUUCUAACUUCUUUGAAUCUGAUCAUCUUGGUACUCAGGAUGUGGUUCAUGACCUGAAACCUCCCUUUCCUUCAAGCAGGAGGCCUAUUUCAAGAUUUAAACGCAAGUCUCCUGUACCUAAAGUGAAAUUUCAGCCUGUUUUGUCCGACGAGGAAGAAGGUAGAAGAAGUUUAAGACCCACGUUGAAUUCACAAGAGAUGGCAGGUGUGGCAUCUGAGCCCGAGAUUGCGGUGCUUGAUCCUCAACCUCAGCAUCUAGUCGAGCUGGCACAUGAUCAUUCGGCGAACCUCGAAUCUUUGGAUGCUGAGAGUAAAAUGGGGUUUGAUCAAUCCGACCCAUCUGAUUCUGAUUUGGAUGAAACUAGCCCAGAGAUGUCAGAGCCACCUAUGAUACAGGAAUCUGAUUUGGGCUCCAUGAAACUCUCUGAAUUGAGGGGGCUUGCAAAGUCUAAAGGCUUCAAGGGAUAUUCCAAGCUUAAGAAAAUUGAGCUUUUGGAAUUGUUGACUGAGAACACUGAUUGAGCUCACUGCAAUGCAGUGGAUGGAUAUUUUGAUGCUCUUUUUUAUGUGCUAGUCACUGUGUUAUUUAUUUAUUUGUUUUUUUUCCUGCUUUCGUAACUAGUGCUGCUAUUUAUUGCCAGUUAAACAAAAAUUAUGAAGGGCUGCACCCAUCCAUGUUCUGCAUUGAUAAUUGUAAUUGUCUACUGCCAUUUACUGCUAAACUUCUAAUAGCUUACUCAUUCACCAUUUUA